CGCCGGGUGCGCCUUGGAGCGCUUCUGUCAGCAGGAGUCCGCGUUUUUCUUCUCUCUCUGUAGUUUAUUAUUUUAUUAGUUGAUUUGUUUUAUAUGUUGAUUCAGAGGGAAGUCCUGGCGGGAGUCUGAUCUUCAGAAAGCUGAAAUGUAUCCAGAUGCCUUGCAAGCUGCUGUCCGGGUCGACGGUUUGCCCCUGUCCUGCCCUGAACCUGAGCCCAACCAAGAAGAGGAAGAUCGGGGCCACCAGACCAAAAAACAAGGGAGAUACCAUCAAAGUUUACAUUUACUGAAGCCUUUCAGGAUCACACACAAGCAUCAGCACCCUGUGGACAAUGCGGGACUUUUCUCCUUCAUGACACUGCAUUGGCUUUCUCCGCUGGCAUGGAAAGCCCACAAAGCUUCAUCUCUUACAGUAGAGGACAUGUGGGGCCUGUCCUGCCACGAAGCCUCCGAAACCAACUAUCACAGGCUUCAGGCCCUGUGGCAUGAAGAGCUGAAGAGAAAAGGCAAAGAUGAAGCUUCUCUCCUCCGGGUUUUCUGGAGGUUUUGUCGGACACGCAUGCUGGUGGCUUUUUUCCUUCUCCUUCUAUCUACGGUGGCGGCCUUCAUCGGACCUGCUCUGUUGAUCCGAGCGCUGUUGGAGUAUGCUCAGAGUUCAGAGGUGUGGCUUCCAUAUGGCCUGGGUUUGGUUGGAGGUCUAUUCCUCACUGAGUUAAUUCGCUCUUGGACUAUGGCUUUCGUAUGGGCUGUUAAUUACCGCACAGCCUCACGCCUGAGGGGAGCAGCUCUCACGUUUGCCUUCAAGAAAAUCCUACGUCUGCGCAGCACUAAGGAAAUCAGCACAGGGGAGCUUGUAAACAUUUGCUCCAGUGAUGGCCUGCGGCUAUAUGACGCUGUAACUGUGGGCGGUUUGCUGAGUGGAGGACCUCUGGUGGGGCUUCUUGCCCUGUCCUACAACAUCUACAUUCUGGGACCAUCCGCUAUUGUUGGCUCUACUGUUUUUUUCCUCUUCUAUCCAUUAAUGAUGCUGGCCUCCCAGUUGACCGCCUACUUCCGCAAGAAAUGUGUGGUAAUCACGGACCGGCGCAUUAGACUGAUGACCGAGAUCCUCAGCUGCAUCAAGUUCAUUAAGAUGUACUGCUGGGAAUCAGCCUUCGCCAGUAACCUCCACAAGGUUCGUUUGGAAGAGAGAAAAAUGUUGGAAAAAGCCGGGUUAGUUCAAAGUCUUACCGUUGGAGUAGCUCCUGUCAUUGUUUUGAUUGCCAGCGUUUGUACGUUCACUCUACACAUGGCCCUGGGCUACGAUCUCACUGCAGCACAGGCCUUCACUGUUGUGGCUGUAUUCAACUCUAUGACCUUUGCACUAAAGAUUACACCCUUGUCAGUACGCGGUUUAUCAGAGGGUGCUGUCGCUGUUAAGAGAUUUCAGAAACUCUUCAUGAUGGAGGACCGGGAGGUUGUAUUGAGCAAAAUGGAGCAUCCUGACAAUGUCGUGGAGUUCAGAGAUGCCACGUUGGCAUGGAAUAAAGCUCAGCCCGCACCAGCCAACAGUGCAAAGCCACAGCAGAGCCAGAAAAGAAAAGGCAUGCGCCGAGUGCUCCGAAGGGAGAAGUUGAGUCUCACUAUUGGCUCAGAGGAUGAAAAAGUAAAAGGCCUGGAGCCCAAUGCAGAGCAGCUGCUCACACAAAUGGAGCAGGAAAGUCCACAGAGCACCAUCUCCUCAACUCAGAGUAUGCGACCACUUCUGCACAAAACCCUGCAUCGUGUCCAGCUUUCAGUCCACAAGGGAACGUUGGUAGGAGUUUGUGGUGCUGUGGGCAGCGGGAAAAGCUCAUUGCUGUCUGCCCUCCUGGGACAGAUGACCUUACUCGGGGGGUCGGUGGCUGCAAACGGUGGCUUUGCCUAUGCUGCUCAGCAAGCCUGGAUCCUCAACAGCUCCCUGAGGGAGAACAUUUUGUUCGGGAAAGAUUAUGUAGAGGAAAAGUAUAAAGCUGUUCUGGAGGCCUGCUGUUUAAAUCCUGAUAUCACUGAGUUACCUUACGGCGAUAUGACUGAGAUUGGGGAAAGAGGAGCCAAUCUGAGCGGAGGUCAACGUCAGAGAGUGAGUCUUGCCCGGGCACUUUACAGUGACCGACCCAUCCUGUUACUGGAUGAUCCGCUAAGUGCCGUGGACGCUCACGUGGCUUCACAUCUCUUCCACAAUGCCAUUCAAAGUGCAGCUGGGGAAAAGACUGUCAUAUUUGUUACACACCAACUGCAGUACCUGUCGGAGUGUGAUGAGGUGGUACUGAUGAAGGACGGGCAGAUCGCAGAGGUUGGCUUCCAUGCCCAGCUGAUGGCCCGAGGCCGUGACUAUGCCGCACUUUUCACCAGUGUAGAGCAGAAGAACCUGGUGAGGAAAAACAUGAAGAACCGGCAGGGGGGAGAGGAGAAGGGCUUGGCGCUGUGCAGUUCUGUCAUCAGUGCAGCAGCAAAGCAGCCCGCUGAGAGUACGAGUGGAGACCAGCUAAUGCGGCCUGAGGAGAAGAGCCGAGGAGCCGUCACCUGGGCCGUUUACGCCACUUACAUCAAGGCUGCCGGAGGACCCCUGGCUCUCAUCAUUAAUGUCCUACUUUUCAUCCUCACCACAGGCAGCAUAACCUUCAAUAACUGGUGGCUCAGCCACUGGAUCAAGCAGGGCAGUGGGAACAUCACAGAAUUUCAGGGAAACGAGACUGUGUCGAGCAGCAGUAUGAGAUUAAACCCCCACAUCCAGUACUAUUCCUGCAUCUACGCACUGUCCAUGGGAGUGGCGCUCUUCAUCAAGGGUGUUCGGGGUGUCGUGUUCAUCAAGUGUACCUUGCGGGCAGCCUCGGCUCUACACGAUAAGCUGUUUAAGUCUCUCCUCCGCAGUCCAAUGCGUUUCUUUGAUACAACUCCCCUAGGGCGCAUCCUGACUCGCUUCUCCAAAGACAUGGAUGAAGUGGAUGUGCGCCUGGCCAUUCAGGUGGAGUUGCUGAUGCAGAACAUAGCAUUGGUGCUCUUCUGUCUAGGAGUGGUGAGCGCUGUUUUCCCAUGGUUCUUGUUCUCCCUCCUCCCUCUUGUGGCCUUCUUCUACAUCACCAAUCGCAUCUCCAGGGUGAUGAUUCGUGAGCUGAAAAGGGUGGAGAACAUCAGUCUUUCGCCUUUCGUCUCUCACCUCACCAGCAGCCUGCAGGGUCUGUCCACUAUCCAUGCCUACAACAGGGGGCCAGACUUCCUUCACAGAUACCAGGAGCUGCUGGACACCAACCAGGCUGCCUACUAUCUGUUCAGCUGUGCCAUGCGCUGGCUUGCGGUGCGUUUAGACCUCAUCAGCAUUUUACUCACCUCCAUUGCGGCUCUGAUGAUUGUUAUCAUGCACGGACAUAUCUCUCCAGCCUACACCGGUCUGGCCAUCUCCUACGCCAUCCAGCUGACAGGUCUGUUUCAGCUCACGGUGAGACUUCUGUCUGAAAUGGAGGCUCGGUUUACAUCAGUGGAGAGGAUCGAUCAUUACAUCCAGAACCUGGAGACAGAGGCUCCUCAGCAGAUCAGAAAAGCCUCUGCACCCCCAACCAACUGGCCACAGAAGGGUAGCAUCAGCUACCAGGAUGUGGAGAUGCGUUAUCGGCCUGAGUUACCCCUGGCACUAAAAGGCCUCACUUUCACUGUUCAUCCAGAGGAGAAAGUGGGCAUUGUUGGUAGGACAGGUUCAGGUAAAUCUUCACUUGGCAUAGCACUUUUCAGACUGGUAGAGCUUAGUGGGGGAUCCAUCAUCAUCGAUGGUGUCAACAUCGCUCAAAUAGGCCUGGAAACCUUGAGAAGCAGACUGUCAGUCAUCCCUCAAGAGCCUGUUCUCUUCCUUGGUACUGUCAGGUCAAACUUGGAUAUGUGGGGCCAGUACACAGAUGCGCAGGUCUGGGAGGCGCUAGAUAAAACGCACAUCAGAGAGAGGGUAAGCCAGUUGCCUCACGGUUUUGACUCCGAGGUGACAGAGAAUGGUGAGAACUUCUCAGUGGGGGAGCGGCAACUACUGUGCAUGGCAAGAGCCCUGCUCAGGCACAGCAAGAUUUUGCUUUUAGAUGAGGCAACAGCAGCCAUUGACACAGAGACGGAUCGGCUUAUUCAGGAGACCAUCCGCACCUCUUUCAAAUGCUGUACCACGCUAAUCAUUGCUCACCGCAUCCAUACUGUCCUCAGCUGUGACAGAGUUCUGGUACUGGACCAGGGGCAGAUCGUAGAGUAUGACAGCCCUCCAAAUCUGCUGGCAGAUGAGAGCUCGUGUUUCCGUGCCAUGGUGGAAUCGUUGAACAGAAAUGGGGACCAUGCAGAGAGAUCCUGAACAGCCAUCGGGCAUACCACUGGGCACAAGACCGAGCUUUUGCAUAAAGAAGCUGCUGGAGAAGAUGUUUGUUCAGUGUUUAAAUCAGUGGCUGUGUGUUAUUUGUUCAGUAUUGCCCAGUGUUCUAUUGCACUGACUAGUGCAGUGAUUUAUUUGCACAAGUGGUUCUGGAAAAAUCUGUAUGUUGAAUGCACAAGCCUGUACCAGCCUAGACUUAAAGAACAGAUUGAUGGUUUAAAAUGCUCACGUGGGCAUAUAUUGCUAUAUAUUGCUGUAUAUUGCGAAGAGGAUCGUCUCAAAACCAAUGAGGGAAUGUUAAAGUUGCAUUGAGCUUAAUAUUGUUUUUCGUGUGGGCGGUUGGGGGGAAAGUCCUGUUGCUGAAAUGCGAGAAAAAUUAGGACAAUUUCAGGAUAAGAAAUGAGGAUAAUUUGUGCUGUGUAUGUAAUUUUAUUCAAAUAAUGUAGGCAGAAGCAACGUUUUACACAAGAAUUAGCGAUGAUUUUUUAGUAUUAAUGAGCAAUGGCCUUUGAAGUACUUGGGAGAUUUGCAAUAAACAUACAGUGCUUUGCCAAAAGCUGUGUGAAGUAACCAAAGGAAAAAAAACACGGGGUCAGUCAUUCCACUGAAGUUAAACACUACAGAGCAGAACUCUGCUGGUUUAUUUCUGCUCAUAAGCUUCAUGUUGUGCCUAAAGCAUUGUGCAAUCAGUGUCUGUGUUUUGGAAAGGGAAGAAACUGCUGCCUAUAUUUUAGCUCCCGCUUCUUCAUCGGUGCUUUGAUUUGGAUUCUUAAAACCGUCCUCGUUUUCAGCUCGGUUCUGCCGCUGUUCUCACAUGUGGUAGCUAAAUCGAGACGUUUAAAUGAGUCAGUCCUCUCAGGAUGAACAGAGUCUGUAGAGGCUUUCACAGGAGGCUCUAAUGAAUCCUUGAAAAAAAAAAAAUGACACAUCCAACUGACAUCUGCAUCGUGCAUAAAAACAUAAUUAUGAAAACUUGUUUUGUGUAUGAAUGUGUCUUGUUCUGACAAAUCUCAAUAGCCCCAUUAGCAUCUUUUCUUAAAAUGCAGCUAUUAGGCAAAACAAUUGCACAUGUGUGGGUGGCUAAAAACCACACAACAAUGAAUAGAGUGAAAUGUAGGAUGCAAUUUUUCACUUCGCCAUCCUCUGGUAUAGAGAUAUUCCUCUAGGAGAAACCUUGAUGGAAGCUGACUGUUUAAUUACGCUGAGGACAAAAGCAAUUUGCUUUAUGAUUGAUUGUUGUUUAUAUGACAUGCUUUCUGGUGGACUGACAUUGUAUUGAAAAGUUUCUUGUCGUAUCAAAGUGUUUUUUGCACAUUUGUCAUAAAAAUGCUUUUUUUGAUUAAAGGUAUUUUUCUACAUUAAAA